AUGGAGAAGUCAGUGCAAGCGCAUACUUCAAAAAGGUGUUCUUGUUCCGUUUGCUUGGUGCCACCAUGGAGAUUCUCAGACUUAUCAGAAGAGAAGCUAUACCUAGCCUAUACGCAGCGUCAACGUCAACGCGCUGUACUGCGACUAAUAGCUACUGGAGUACUGUUCCAAGCAUUUGCUGCUCUUGUGCCAGGAGAACGCGAUCUCCAUUUCGCUUAUGCCUCUGUGGCUGUGGCCCUCAUAGUAAACCUAAUCCUUGCCGUGACAUAUGCAUUUAUUUUCCGAGCUCGAACUGCCUUAAAUCAUGUUGCCUGGUUCGUUAUGUGGACCCAACUCUUAGUGAGUGUUUCGCGACGAUUAGGCGACUCUUACAACGAGUUACUUGGUUGGGCAGUAGUGUUUCAAUAUUUUACAAUCGCAACCCUUCCGUUUCAUUAUAUGAUACUAAUAAUCUAUAGCACACUGUCCUUCAUUGGAUAUCUAACAGUCCAGUACUACAAUGCAUCUACAGCAGAAAGUAGAUUCGCCGAUGAUUUUUACUUGCAGCAAAUAGCAAACGGUUGCCUCUUAUUAGGGGCGACAUUAUUGGGUAGCACCGCUUAUGCAGUUAGUGAAAAACAACAACGUUGCUCUUUCCAAGAGACAAAAAGAAGUUUGCGUGAUAAAUUAACCAUUGAACAACAAAGCAAAGAACAGGAACGAUUGCUGUUGUCAGUACUUCCCGAACAUGUUGCCGUACAGAUGCGAAAGGAUUUGGGUCUAAUAGAUACACAAUUUAAAAAGAUUUACAUGUCGCGACAUGAAAACGUUAGCAUCCUGUAUGCAGACAUCGUAGGUUUCACGGCUAUCUCCUCUACUUACUCAGCUCAAGACCUCGUAGCCAUUUUAAAUGAAUUAUUUGCACGCUUUGAUCGUCUUGCUGAGAAAUAUCAACAAUUGAGAAUAAAAAUUCUGGGGGAUUGUUAUUACUGCAUCAGUGGAGCUCCAGUGGAGAGACCUGAUCAUGCUGUUCUUUGUGUCCAUAUGGGAUUGUCUAUGGUUAAGGCAAUUAAAUACGUACAACAAACAACUAAUUCACCGGUGGAUAUGCGAGUGGGUAUCCACACGGGUGCAGUGCUUGCGGGAGUGCUGGGCCAGCGACAGUGGCAGUUCGAUGUUUAUUCGCGUGAUGUAGAACUUGCAAACAAAAUGGAGAGCAGCGGCAUGGCUGGCCGUGUACAUGUAUCAGAGGUAACAUUAAGUUUCCUCAACGACGAGUUCGAGGUAGAGCCAGCACACGGCGAACGCCGCGAAGAGAUGUUGCGACAGGCUGGCAUCAAGACCUACUUCAUUGUUCGCGUUCUUAAACCGUACCAGGGCAGUGAAGAGAAAAAUGCAGUGGAGGGGGAGGCGGGGGGAACAGGGGACGGCACCGACGCGCUCUCCGACCUCAAAGACGACGACGAGGAUUCUGUUCUAUCACCGCAAGACGAGAGCAAGGACAAUGAGGACAUCAAAAUACUCGCUAUGUUAGAGGAGGAGCUCGUCAAUAGAGACGAUGACAAGGAGCUGGCAGAUGCUACGACAGUUUGCCUUACGUUCAAGGCGAGCGGCGCGGAGGCAGUGUACGCGAGGCGCAGCGACCCGUGCCCGCUCACCGUCGCCGCGCCACCACUGCUCCUCUUACCCACUGUGGUGGCGCUGACCAGCUUCGCAGUGCCACCCACCUGGUCACUUUACGCAGUUUAUUUUGCGUUCGUGCUAGAGACUGGCCUAAUGAAUGUCGUGUACUACGCUUGCUACCGAUACGCACAAUAUAAGAAAAAAACAAUAUCACCUUAUUGGAAAUUGACUUGUGGAACGUUUAACAUAGCGAUGUUCGUAGCAGCUAAUAUUGCUCCUUUGAUUAUAUGCGGAAAUUUCGAAAGUCUUCUGGCAAAGGAUGGCUUAAGAGACGAUGCACCAGCGCACAGUGGAGCCCGCCGUUGUAUUCAUCCUUCAUAUUAUUAUCAUGUGGGCGCGGGAGCAGCUUGCGGUGCGCUGUGGGUGUCGCCGCUGGGCGGAGGCGCGCGCGCGGCGCUGCUGGCGGCGCUGGCGGCGGCGCACGCGCUUCCCGCCGCGCUGCACCCCGCGCUGCUCACCUCGCGCCCCACACUCGACCGCGAUCCGUUCCGUCUGCCGUACAAUGCCACUUCUGACUACGAUGAAGCGCUCUAUAAUGUCUUAGCCCAGGUCCACACAGGCCGGCACAUCCUAAUGCUGUGCAUCAUCGCUAUCGCACUUCUCAUAUACAACAGAUAUAGCGAGGCGUUGGAGCGUGCGCGGCACUCGCGCGGCGAGCGCAUGCGCGCGCAGGCGGAGCAGGCGGGCGACCUGCGCCGCCGCAACCAGGCGCUGGUGCACAACGUGCUGCCGCCGCACGUCGCCAGGCACUUCAUGGGCGCGAAGCACCACCACAGAGACCUCUACAGCCAGAGCUACGCAGAAGUUGGCGUUUUGUUUGCGUCUAUGCCCAAUUUCACAGAGUUUUACUCGGAAGAAACGGUUAAUAACCAAGGCCUAGAAUGUUUACGAUUUCUCAACGAAGUUAUAUCGGACUUCGAUCUUCUGCUUGAGGAUGCUAAAUAUAGCAAGGACAUAAUAAAGAUUAAAACAAUAAGCUCUACCUACAUGGCUGCGUCAGGCCUAAAUCCAACACGACAGAUGCAGCCAUCCGAUGGUGUAUUAGUACGAUGGGCUCACUUGGCUUGUUUGGUGGAGUUCGCACUGGAACUGCAGCGAGUCUUGGCGGCCAUUAACGAACAGUCCUUUAACCACUUUGUGCUACGCAUGGGAGUUAACCACGGGCCCAUCACCGCUGGUGUCAUCGGUGCGAGGAAACCCCAUUAUGAUAUAUGGGGUAAUACUGUCAACGUAGCUUCUCGUAUGGAGAGCACCGGCAAAGCUGGGUGUAUACAGGUUACCGAAGAGACUUGCCAAAUUCUGCAAAAUUUUGGUUACUACUUCGAGCAACGCGGCCUCGUGGCGGUUAAAGGCAAGGGCCAGCUUAUGACGUAUUAUUUACAAGGGAAGCGUGAAGCCGGCGCGGCAGUUCCCGACAGCAUCGUGGAAGAUGUUUGUGAAGCGAGUGCAAGGGAUGCGUUGUUGGCGAAUGGAGAAGCUAACGUGUCCACUCAGCCUCACACUCAGAGAGAUCUCGACCAUCCACUUCUGCCC